GGCAAGAGUCAUACAGUUCACAGCGAACAGUCAAGUAAACCACCAACUAAUCAACCAACCAGACAGCUCAACCAAGUACAGAAAUGCGUGGAUUCAUUGUCUUGUGUCUCUCUGCCGUGGCGUUGGCCGUACCACAAGGCUACAACUAUAAUCCUGGCCCUUCAGCUGUGGCAGGCCUGAGCAGCAUCAGUGGCAGUGGCGCCAGCUUCUUCCAGGCAGCUCAGCAGCAACAGCAGCAGCAGGUCCAUUUUCAACAGCCCCAUCAGCAGACGUUCUUCCAGCAACAGUCCGGAGUAAAUCAGCAGUAUCAUGCAGAGCAACAUCAACAGCAGCAGCAGCAGCCGAUUGUGUCCAARCGCUUCUUCAUUCACUCGGCGCCCGAGGAUAUUGAAGAGGAGUACAAGGAACGUCACAUUACAGUGGGCGUGCCCAAGCGCAACUAUAAUGUGGUCUUCAUCAAGUCUCCACAGCGCUCCAACAAGAAGACCUCCAUCAAGAUCAGCCCCGCCGUCAACGAGGACAAGACUGUCAUCUAUGUGCUGAGCAAGAAGACCGACAGCUCCGACAUCCAUGCCGAGGUCGUCGAGCAGCCUAGCUCCACCAGCAAGCCGGAGGUCUUCUUCAUCAAGUACAAGACCAACGAGGAGGCGGCACAUGCCCAACAACAGAUCCAGGCCCAAUAUGAUUCCCUCGGUGGAACUAGCCAACUGACCGAUGAGGGUGUCGCCCCCGUCACCUCUGUCAUCGGCGCCCUCGGUGGACAAACUGGUGGUGAUGCCGGCGCCACAGCUGUUGGCAGCACGGGCAUUGGUGCCUCUGCCGGGCAAGCCAUCUCCCAUCAGGCUGUCACCAGUGGACAUGGCCACACAAGCAAUGCAUAUCUGCCGCCCAGUUUCUAA